CGCGCUUUUCAUCCUUUUCAAUGCUCCCUCUCGCUCGUCCCCGACCGCAGAGUGUGUGCGCGUGCGUGCGCGGAUCGCCGAGCGCCGUUUCAUUCUCUGCUGCCAGGAGACACGCAUCUCUUUAAUCCCCGGUAGACGGUCAGUCUGCUCCAAAACAGCCUCCGCCAGAGCUCCAGUCUACCUGUUUUUAUCUCAACUAUUGCUGGCGGUUCUUCCCGAGUCACAGCCGGGCUCCGCUUGGGAAAAAACGGGAGGAGACGCGAGUACCGACUGGGCGUUGCUGGAGGAAAAGCGCUAUAGAUUUGGUCAACCAUAGCCAUUUGAUAGCAGUAGACUCCAACUAGUGGACUGAAUCCUGGGUUCCUGAUUCCUAUUUUGCUGAGACGGACCUCUAGGACUAGGACAAGAUGAAACCAGAUGGUGUUGACACGGCAACAAUGGAGCCAAUGGAAGCAUUAAAUGCAGGUCCUGCGGUCGAAGUGGCGCCAGGGGGCGAAGCUCAGGACCAGGCUUUGCCUGCAACACAAACAGAAGGUGAACCACAGCAAACAGAGGCAACCAACAAGACUGGAAAGGACAAGUCUGGGGAUCCCAAAGCUAAGACGAAGGCUCCUGCCAAAACAAAGACACCCACCUCUGGAACCAAGACAUCUACAACCGGCUCCCGUCCCACCACUGGCCAAAGCCAUCUGAUAAAUGGGGCACAGAAGUCGCAAGCUAAUGGCGUCAACAAAAAGACCACCACAGCAGGCCUGGAUAAGAAAACCUCAACUACUGCUGCCACUAAAAAACCAGUCAGCUCUACUUCUGCACCCACAACCAAGACCCCAAACAAGGUGGCUGAGAAAAAGCCUGUGGGGACGGCGAGACCUGCCAGUGCUCCAGCCAAUGGUGUGAAGACAACAGGGGCAGCACAGCCCAUCAAGAAAGCCCCUGCUGCACCAGCUAAUGGUCUGAAAUCUAAACCAAAAACUACAGCUCCAGCUCCAGCUCCAAGACCUGCCACUGCAUCCACCACUAAGACCAGCAUCACUGGCUCUCCUGUCACCAAAACAACCAGGUCUGUUGGCUCUGCUCCUGCUGCCCCUAAGCCUGGGACACCAACAUCUGCCAGCAAGACAUCUACAACCGCAUCCAGGCCAACUACUGCUACACCCAAGACACCAGCUACAACUGCUAAACCCUCACCUGCUAAAACCACAGCUCCCCCUGGUGGCCGCACUCCCACUCCUAAGACCACAACACCUGUCAAGAAAGAUGUCAGUAAGCAGUCAUCUGCUCCAGCAGCCAAGAAGCCCACUUCUUCUCCGCUUACCCGGCCAGCACCAACUAAGUCCACCAAACCUGACACCCCUAAGCCAGCCUCCACUGCCAAGGCAGAAUCAGCCUCCAAAAAAUCCACCACCUCCAGUAAGGCGGCAGAUGUUAAGAUUAGUAAACCCAAGGAGAGCAAAGCAACACCUUCCAAGGAGGUCAACGCAAGCCCCAAGACCACAGGCAGCAAGCCUAGCACUAAAACAAGCAGCCCAAAGAAGUCAGUUGGCAGUAGCACUCCAAAGCCAUUGAAAGGUGGCCCAAAAGCCUCCCAGCCUGCAGACGCAGCAGCCACAGAGGCCGAGAACAAGGACAUGGUACCAGCUAUGGUUGCAGCCACUACUGCAGCUGCUGCUGUUGUUUCUAUGGUGACCUCUGAGGCAGCACCUGAAGACUUAGCCAUAUCUUUUGUUCCUGUUGCCACUGAAGAGGCACCUGAGGACUUGUUUACCCAGGUCAAUCCUGCUGCCUCAAAGGUGAAAUUAGAAGGCUCAUUUACAACUCCAAUUCCUGCUUCCUCUGAGGACUCUAAAGAUGAUUCAAAAGAAAUGGCCAAACCUGUCAUUGCCCCUAGCACUAUGAAAGCACCAGAAGACAUAGUUACACCUGUCAUUCUUCCUGUCUCUGAGGGUUCACCUGAAGAUUCUGUUACACAUUUCAGUUCUGAAGAAACAUCUGAAGACAGAACUAUGUCUGCCAUUCCACCUACCUCUGAUGAGGUACAAGAGGAAACUGUUUCACCUGUCAUUCCUUCUGAAGAAACACCUGAAGAUGUAUCUACAUCUGUCGUUCCUCCUACCUCUUAUGAGGCACAAGAAGAAACCGUCUCACCUACCAUUCCUUCUGAAGAAACACCAGAGGAUGUAACUAUAUCUGUCGUUCCUCCUACCUCUUAUGAGGCACGAGAAGAAACCGUUUCACCUGCCAUUCCUUCUGAAGAAACACCAGAGGAUGUAACUAUAUCUGUCGUUCCUCCUACCUCUUAUGAGGCACGAGAAGAAACCGUUUCACCUGCCAUUACUUCUGAAGAAACACCUGAGGAUGUAACUACAUCUGUCGUUCCUCCUACCUCUUAUGUGGCACAAGAAGAAACCGUUUCACCUGCCAUUACUUCUGAAGAAACACCUGAGGAUGUAACUACAUCUGUCGUUCCUCCUACCUCUUAUGAGGCACGACAAGAAACCGUUUCACCUGUCAUUCCUUCUGAAGAAACACCUGAGCAUGUAACUACAUCUGUCAUUCCUCCUACCUCUUAUGAGGCACGAGAAGAAACCGUUUCACCUGUCAUUCCUUCUGAAGAAACACCUGAGGAUGUAACUACAUCUGUCAUUCCUCCUACCUCUUAUGAGGCACGACAAGAAACCGUUUCACCUGUCAUUCCUUCUGAAGAAACACCUGAGCAUGUAACUACAUCUGUCAUUCCUCCUACCUCUUAUGAGGCACGAGAAGAAACCGUUUCACCUGUCAUUCCUUCUGCUUCUGAACAAACACCUGAAGAUGUAACUACAGCUGUCAUCACCCCUACCUCUUAUGAGGCACGAGAAGAAUCUGUUUCACCUGUCAUUCCUUCUGCUUCUGAAGAAACACCUGAAGAUGUAACUACAGCUGUCAUCCCCCCUACCUCUUACGAGGCACGAGAAGAAACUGUUUCACCUGUCAUUCCUUCUGUUUCUGAAGAAACACCUGAAGAUGUAACUACAGCUGUCAUCCCCCCUACCUCUUACGAGGCACGAGAAGAAACUGUUCCACCUGUCAUUCCUUCUGUUUCAGAAGAAACACCUGAAGAUGUAACUACAGCUGUCAUCCCCCCUACCUCUUACGAGACACCUGAAGAAUCCAUUUCACCUGUCAUGCCUCCUGCCUCUGACAAAACACCUGAAGACACAACUGCAUCCGUCAUUCCCCCUAACUCUUAUGAGGCACCUAUAGAAACAACUUCAUCUGUUAUUCCUCAAGCCUUUGAAGACGAACCCGAAGACACAUUUUCACCUGUUAUUUCUCCUACUUCUGAUGAGGCGGAGCAUGUCUAUCCCCAGGAUGUCCCACAGAGCAUGGACACUAAUAAAGAUGACAAUACAAUGUCUCAGCUGGCUGCUGCAAUGGACUUGGUCAGUCUGAAGGAGUCAGUGCCUGCUGUGUCUCCCCUGGGCACAACAGUACUGUCCCCACCAUCCUCUCCCAACAGACCAACAUCCGUGCCAGUUGAGCUCCCAAGUUCAGUUCCCUUCCUGAGUACGCAGGGUCCAUCUGAACCAUGGGCACAGAGCUCUUCACUGUACUCCAGCUCUGCAACCAUAGAGAACCAGGAGCAGGAUAUGGAAAGAGAGCAUGAUGAAGAAAGUGAACAGGAUGAUGAAAAAGAUCAGGAUGAUAUACAGAUGCCCUCUGCUGCAGAGAACGUGAUAGAAGACGUUGAUCUGAUGGGCUCCACUAGUGGGAAUCAAAUCAGAAAUGCAGCUCCUAUCUCCCCCUUGAGAAGAGAAGAGGCAGUGGAGAAAGCUGAAGAAGAGAUUAAUGAAGACAAUGAUGAGGAGGAGGAGGAAGAGAAAGAGGAGGAGGAGGAGGAAGAAGAAGAGUUAAAAGAGAUUGGCUUAAAGGAAUCGGUGCCCCAAACAGAGAAAGAAGUUCACUUUAAAAAAGGCAUGGCAGAUUUUGCCAGCUCUGAUUGGGGUAUGAUGCAAUCAGAUCACAUGUACAGCAGUAACAAACAUGACUCAGAAGUGACAUCUCCUUUUAAUGCUGAAGACAGUUGCAGUGCUAAAGAUACAGAUGACUUCACCAUAACUGAGGCAGACAGGGAACAGCCAUUCACAGGGCCUCCUGGAAUCCAGUCAUUUGGUAGUGAAGAUGAGGAAGAGGAUGAGGAAGCAGAGCAUUUAAAGGAAGACAUGGAUCUGGCAUUAGAGCAUGAUGAUGAACAUCUCAAACAACAGAAAGACUUGGAGGAAGCAGAUGAAGAUGUGGAGAUGGUACGCAGAGGCAUGGCUGAGAGUGGACUUGGGGUUCGUACAGAUGAUGGUAAUGAAGAUGAAGAUGAAGAUGAAGAUGAUUACAGACAUGAGAGUGAUCUAGUUCUCAACAGCAUGGGUCACACUGCUGGAGCAACAUCUAUGCCUUUGACAGCAGCAUGGAGUAAUUCCAUUCCAUUCUCUGAUUCCUGGGCCCAACCUUCUUUCGCCCUGUCUGAAUCAAACCUGUCAGAUUCAAGAGUUAAAGAUCCAGAUACACUCACCAAAUACCCAGCCGACCUAGACAUAAUCACCACAUUCUCAGCUGAACCAGAUACACCACCCAAAUCCCCAUUUGAGGCUUUUCUGAACAAAAGUCCACCCCUUAUUCAGACCUUGAAACCUCAAUCUGACAUCCAAGAGGAGACAGGUAUCUCAGUCUCAGUGGAGUCGGGUAUCUUGGCUCCUCCUACCAUUGGAAUGUCCCAGUCCAGCACCCUCAGUGGAACAGUGGCUGCCCAUAGCAGCAGUGAGACCAGCACACCUGAAGAGCUUCAAGAUUAUGACAGCAGCUCAGGUGUAGAAUCCCGAUCAGACAAGCAGCAGACACCAGUCCCUGCCAUGCAUACAGACAUGGAGCAGGACCUAGGUAUUCACCUUGAGCGAGGUGAUGGGGAGGAGGAAGAGGCAGAAACGCUGCCAGUUGAUGAAGUACUGGGUGAUGCCGCAACAGCACCAGCCUCUGUACCAUCAUCACCAUCAAUCUCUGGUGAUGAAGCCAGUGAUACAGAGGGUGAGAUGCAAAUCAAUGACCCUGAUGUUGCGGUUGAUGACAAUGCCACAGUCCCCCACAACCUUACUGCCCUGGAAGAAGAUGGGGAGGCUCCUGAACAGAUUGGAGAGGAAGAUGGUGAUACACCUCAGUCAGCCAACUCUGUGGCCUCCUACGGUUUUGACUGCUCCGCAUCCAUCUCUAAUGCCCACUCUAUGGCUGAAAGCUGUGGAAAGAGUCCAGGCAUCUUUAGCCUGGAAAAUGAAGAGCAGCUUCCGGAAGAGGCCAAGGAUCCUUCUUUCAUCAAGGAGCUCACCCUGCCAGCAGCUACCGCCUACAGUGAUGACUUGAUGGGCUGUCCAGUGGAUUUGCUGCCUAUCAGUGAGCCCACAGAGAGGGACACUGGGUACAUGCUGUGUAGUAAGACAGACCCAGGCGCGAUGGAGGAAAUGGAUCCUGAGUCCCCUAUGCACCUAUCACCCCAACAUGGGGACGGUUCUGACGGUCAGCCACCAUACUACUCUGCUAUAUGUGAUAAGACUGAUAACUUUCUGGCAGGUAACGUAUAAAGUCCCUCUUUUGGAAUGUACCUUGUCUACCCCAAACCCCACGCUCCCACCCUGUGUCCUUCAUUUCUUCCAAAUGUGGGAUUAAUAAGCAAAUAAAUGAAUGGAAAUAUGUAAUAGAAGGGGGAAAGAAAAGAAGAGCCAUCAGGUGAGGGAUAAUAGCUUUGUCUGAGCUGCUCUCUGUUCUUCUAUUACCACGGUGGUGGUUAUGAUUGUAUGGCUUAAAUUUCUGUAUGUACAGUAGCUAUUCUCAUUUUCUAUUAGAAUGUACUUUUUAAAUAACACUGUGUUUCAUGGCACCCCUGAACCUGCAAUGUUAGAUUAAGUUAAGUUGAUGUCCUUUAAUGAAAGGACAAAAAUGCAAAAAAUAAACACUUGGUGGACUCCAACUACCUUUGUAUUUAUCCUACUGUUUUACCAAUCAAAUGUCAUUUUUUUAUACUUUGUUUUUUUCUUCUUUUUUUAUUUGAUUUGUUAAGAUCCCUGUCUUACCUUAAUGUUUGUACACACAUCAGUUUUCCUGCACUGUAAAAGUAGCUUUACUGUCUUUUAAAACUUAUUACAGCUUUCUCUUUUAAAACGUGUUCCAGCACUAACUCUUUUAGCAUUAAAUACAGGUUAAAUAUUCUUCAGAAGCUUUUCACUCUCACAGUGUUUGACAUAGGGAGGUGAAUGAGUGUUAGAUGGCAAAUCAAACUUCAUUUUUGGUUGUCUUUUGUUAGUUUUGAGCUACUGCUGCCUAUUUUUGUGAAGGAUAACAUAGAUUCUCAUUGGCACAUAACUUAAGUCUUUUAAAGUAUAGGGCUCAGAUUGAUCUGGAUUCUUUCAUUUACAGUUGUUAAACAUUUGUACUUUGGAACAGACUAACUAUUUCUGUUAAUGACAAUUGAAGUGUUUUCCUGCAUUUGUAAAUCUUAAAAUGAUGCUCGCAGGUCAUUGUACUGUGAGUACUGGGACAUUUCUACAAGAAUUGGAAGUGCAUGUGUAACUAAUUAAGAAAUUCAUUUUGCUAUGAAUCCAGACAUGAUCCAGAGAUGUUUGGACAUUAAUGAUUCACAAUAACUAAAAGGUUUUUCCAAAAAUUCCAUUAAACAUCAUUGCAAUGCU